AUGUCGCUCGUCCAAUCUCUUCCGGACGGGGAUGAAACUUACUUCAUCCCUCACCACGGGGUUCUAACCACCGACGGAGAUAGACAAAAACUUCGGGUUGUCUUCGAUGCUUCGGCCAAGGCAAACAACCACUUCUCCCUAAAUGAUACCUUGUAUCCCGGACCUAAAUUACAAUCGGACAUCAACAAUAUCUUACUUCGGUUUCGCACUCACGAAGUCGUCUUUACAUGCGAUAUUCGUCAAAUGUAUCGUCAGAUUUUGAUCAUUCCAGAACAUAGAAAAUAUCAACUUAUUCGAUGGCGAUUCAGAUCCUCUGAUCCCAUACAAACCUAUCAGUUGAAUACCGUUACCUACGGCAUAAAUUCGUCCCCCUAUUUGGCCAUUCGAACGCUGCUUCAACUAGCAGAAGAAGGCAAACAAACAUUCCCCCUUGCCUCUGCUGCUCUCAAAAAUGACAUCUAUGUGGACGACCUAGUAUGUGGUGCGUCUUCCAUAGAAACCGUCUUACAACUUCGUAACCAACUCAUAGCCCUAUUACAAACAGGUUGCUUUGAGCUGCGAAAAUGGUCUUCUAAUCACCCCAUGGUGUUAGAGGAUAUUCCUAUUGCUCACCGGCAACAACAAGAUCUGAACUUUGAUAGUGAUUCGAAUACCACGGUCAAAGUUCUUGGACUUCAGUGGCACUCCUCAUCGGACUCCUUCAUCUUCAAAGUCACACCCAGGGAAUCGUUAUGUACCAAACGUUCCAUCUUGUCUGAAGUGGCUCGAAUCUAUGAUCCCAUGGGUUUCCUAUCCCCGCUAACACUCUUCGCCAAACGUCUUCUCCAAAGAUUAUGGACUCUCGGGAUUGACUGGGAUACCAUUCCUCCUGAUGAUGUUCAAAAGGUGUGGUCUCAAUACAAAUUGGAGCUACCUUGUCUCGGUUCUCUUCGAAUUCCUCGCCAAUUACUCAAUACUUCUUCAAACUCAUGCCAGCUACACGCAUUUUGUGACGCAUCAGAAGUAGGUUACGCUUGUGUAAUCUAUCUUCGCCUCACCGAUCAAACCAACCAAGUAUCCGUUCACUUGGUGAUAGCAAAGUCCAAGGUAGCACCUCUUAAAUGCUUAUCGAUCCCGCGCCUCGAACUAUGUGCCGCGGUUUUGCUUUCGAAACUUGUCAAUUUCGUCCUAACAACGUAUCAAUCUACCCUCACGUUCGACCAAGUUGUAGCUUGGAGCGAUUCCACGGUUGCCCUAACCUGGAUUCGAUCUUCGCCUCAUCGAUGGAAAAGUUUCGUUGCCAAUCGCACAACCUUCAUACAAGAACGUCUAGCACCCUCGUGUUGGCGUUAUGUUCCAUCGGCAGACAAUCCCGCCGAUCCAGCCUCUCGUGGCCUCCUGCCAUGUGAUGUUCUCUCAUGUUCUCUAUGGUGGGCGGGUCCAACCUUUCUACAACAACCUCCCGAGUACUGGCCCCCCGAUUCAGUCCAAACUGCCCAUCGCAUGGAGCUGGAAAGGGAAGAGAAAUCGGUAGUCCUUCUGGCACAAUCUCAACCGUCGGACAUCCAAGAUCUUCUAAACCAAUUUUCGUCAUUGCGUAAGAUCCAAGGUAUUCUGGCGUACAUGCUUCGUUUCAUAACCAAGCUCAAAUCUCAAAACGAGGCCAGUGGACCGUUGUCCGCCUCAGAACGACACCAAGCCUUACUCCGUCUCGUAAAAGUGGUGCAAGCUGAAUCCUUUUCCCAUGAGAUUUCGGCUAUUCGCAACAACCGGAAAUAUCCAAAACAGUUCCAACACCUUGCUCCCUUCUUGGAUGACAAUGGAAUCCUACGUGUUGGAGGCAGACUGUCACACUCAGAUUUAUCGUUCUCGGCCAAACAUCCAGCCCUCCUUCCACGUAAACAUCGUCUCACGGAACUAAUUAUUCGAAAUCACCCAAGCUCCUAUGCCCCUCCGAUGGGAAACCUUCCACAAACACGCAUCUCGCAAGUCAAACCUUUUAGUUGCGUUGGAGUCGAUUAUGCCGGUCCCUUCCCAAUCACGUUAGGAAAAGCUCGCGGUGCAAAGGCUCGAAAAGCAUAUCUAUGCCUGUUUAUAUGUUUCGCCACUAAGGCCAUCCACCUAGAGUUGGCCUCUGACCUAUCAACGGACGCCUUUAUCGGUGCUUUGAGGCGAUUCAUAGCCCGUCGCGGACGCUGCUCUCGGAUAUUCUCCGACUGUGGCUCCAACUUCAUCGGUGCAAAUCGCGAACUAACCAAAUACAUGAAGCUUUCCGUUGAGGCGGAAACCAUUACAUGGAACUUCAACCCUCCAUCCGCUCCACACUUCGGUGGACUGUGGGAAAGCGGAGUCAAAUCCGUGAAAACCCAUCUCUCUCGUGUGAUCGGGAAUCAGGUUCUAACAUACGAAGAGUUGAAUACGUUACUCAUUCAAAUUGAAUCUCUACUGAACUCACGGCCGCUUUGUAGUCUAAGCUCUGAUCCCAAUGAUCUUAGCGUGUUAACACCCGGACACUUGCUAACAAUGGAACCGCUGACCUCCGUGCCUGACCCAGAUCUGUCUCAUUUGUCCCUAAAUCGACUCUCGCGGUGGCAGCUAAUACAGCGAAUGCACCAAGCGUUUUGGUCACGCUGGAAAAAUGAGUAUUUACAUAACCUAUAUCAGAGAAGCAAAUGGUCCCAGUAUCAGUCGUUUAAACCAACCAACGUAGGCACCCUGGUUUUAAUUAAGGAUAAUACGGCUCCACCUCUCAAAUGGAGGCUUGGCCGAAUUGUCGACCUUCACCCCGGCAGCGACGGAAUCGCCCGUGUCGCAACCGUACGCACUUCUCAAGGGACUUUCAAACGACCUUUGAUAAAACUGUGCGCUUUGCCCUCACAGUAA